AUGCUGACGUGCGAUGCGUGCAACGUGUGCCUGGUAGGCAACCCUCGCAAGCCUCGUGCGAAAGUGAAGUCUCGGCUGUUCGCCACCGCUGUGGCAGCCACCGUUCAACCUUCGAGGUUGGUCUGCUCAUGUCUGCUCCGGUGCAUCUGGGAUGACAGCCUCUUCCAUAAAGAAUCCCCGACCAGGUGCCGCCGGCCACAACCCUUGGAGCACUCGCACUCGGAGCCAGCUGCUGUGGAGGUUGAGGAGCAGGAGGAGCCGGCGGAGCAGGCAAAGCCAGAGCCCAAGGAGGCUGCGGCCAAGGCAGAGCCCGUGCAAGCAGUGGAGGUCCAGCCAAAGCGCUGGGCACCCUGCCCGAAAGAGAGCGACGCAAAUAUGGGGUACGGGAUGGGUCGCGUGGACCCGUUCUCGGUGGGCUACGCCUGCCGAGCCAUCCCAGACAGACAGCCCGAGGGCCGCAAUGUUAACCAGCCGCUAAACAGAGUGUGGCAGGAAGUUAAAGUGAACCAGUGCGAGGGCAUCUGUUACCUCGGCUACGAGCACCCCAUUGAGGUGUUUCGAGCCGUGUCCGCUGAGGGACAGGAGCAACUCUUCACCUUGCAAGGGUGGAAGCUGCAGCUCCUCCAACUGGCGGCCUUGGCGAGAUACCCGAAAAAGGCAAUAAUCCAGCCGAAGUUUGUGCUGGAGAAAGCGGACAUCGACGCCAUUCUGGCAGACACAGAAAUCCCCGACAACUUCAACACGGUGCACAUUGUUGGCGAGGAUGGCGCCCAGCCCUUUUCGUGGGAGGCCAUUGUGCAGCAAAAGAGCGCGAAGCUAAAAGCUUGA